CAUAAUUACCUAAUCUAACGUCAUAUUUGAUUACAAUACAGAGACGAUAGUCAUUUUUCCAUAAUUUAAAAUCAACAAAUUCAAAAUGAGAGAACACCGUCGCAUUCUCUCAUCGUUAGAUGAAAUCACCAACACCACUUUACAAGUUGUCAAAAUUCUGGGCACACAACUCGGGAUUUCAUAAAAAGCAUUAACUAUAAAAUAUACGGUAAAAAUAUCGCCACACAUAUGUUUUUAUUAACAAUUGACAAAUUGGAAUAUCUUCAAUGUUGGUGUGUACGCAAUUUGGCCGUUAAAUAGAUAUAUGUAGUAAAUGUCGAUAUUGAAAAAGAAUGAACAAAUUGAUGGCUUUGUGAAAAAAUACAAAACCCAAGUGGAGAGUGAAGUUGUGUGUGCCGACGAAGAAAAUAAGUGACAAGUAAAAAUACAGCUUUUUGCGAAUUACUGGUUGGUUGGUUGAAUUUCUAUAUAUUUUGUUUUAUUGUUGCUACUUCUCAGUGGUAAAAGCGAAGAAGGCCAUAUUGUAGCCAGCGACAGCAACAAACGAAAGGUUUUGCAAGUGAAUUUGUGGAGCAGCAACUGCUGAUAUCAGAAAUUUACUCAUUUCCAGAAUUGGUCAUUGAUUACGAGGUUUACGUUGCAAAGUCGACGUGGAGAGGAGAGUACGACGGAAGACGACGAAUAUAAAACAGAACUGAGGCGCUGGUGGUGUGAUAAUGACAGAUGUUUCCGUAGUUUCUAAAGUACCCGGCAACGACAAUGAAAAUGACAAUGACCCGGAGAUGAAAGGUUGGCUUCUUAAGUGGACCAAUUAUUUAAAGGGUUACCAAAAACGCUGGUUCGUAUUAUCUAAAGGUGUUCUCAGCUAUUAUCGUAGUCAGGGCGAAAUGAGUCAUACAUGUCGAGGAACAAUUUCAUUGCACGGUGCCCUCAUCCACACCGUGGACUCGUGCACUUUUGUCGUCUCCAACGGCGGUACUCAAACAUUUCACAUAAAGACUGCCGGUGAAGUUGAGCGGCAAUCGUGGGUCACUGCUUUAGAAUUGGCCAAAGUAAAGGCCAUACGGGCUAUGGAAAGUGAAGAGGAGGAGGAAGAGAAGACCUUCCAAGUUGUGCCCAGCCAAGAGAUCACAACAGUCGUACGCGACUUAACCGAUCGUUUGGAGAGUCUACGCACCUGUUACGAUUUGAUAAACAAACACGGCGUCGCUCUACAGGGGGCUCUCAAUGAAUUGCGAUCGAUAAAUCUUGCUGCGAGCGAUGAAGAGACGGUUGUCAGUCGUAUUAAAAUCGUGAAUGAACGCGCAACACUCUUUCGCAUAACAUCCAAAGCAAUGAUAAAUGCAUGCAAUGAUUACUUACGCUCCGCUGAGUCGCAAGGUCACAAGUGGUCAAAGGCGUUGCAGCAUGAACGAGAGAGUCGUCAGCGUUUGGAAGAAAUGGUCGAACAAUUGGCAAAACAGCACACACAAUUGGAGCAGGCCGCCCAUCUUGUACAGCAUAACAAGGUUGUGCCUAAUCCACCAUUGGCGGCACCCCAAAUCAUGGACUCCUCCAUGACCCAGUCUAAUUUUGUUUCGGAUGAUGAGACAGAGUUUUUCGAUGCCGAAGGCUCAUCAAAUUUAAUGCAAGACGAGUCCAAUGAGGACAGUCCACAAAACGGCUCAGAUGGAGGAGCAUUUAUUCUUCAAAUGCCCCACAGCCAUAAACAGAUGCAAGCUGAACAGUUUAGUUGUAGUAGCAGUUCAUCGGAAGCCGAUCUUUCAUCUAUUCGGAAAUUACCGCAGCAGGUCUGCGUGUUGGAUAAUCAGAAACCUAUGGACACACCCGAUCGAGCAGCACCAACUGGCGGCUCGGAUCAUAACGCCCAAGUUCCUUCAGGCAGUAAUCCAUCCCCUAAUAAUUCAGGUGGAGGGCAUAGUGAUGGAUUUUCAUCAGGAGGUAUUUCACAUAAUCAACAAAAUGCAGGCGGUGGUACAGGUUCUGGUGGUAAUGAUGACGAUGAUCACAACAAACCCGAUGGCAGGUUUUCGCAAGGUUCAAAUUCAAGAAAAGUAGCUCGUCAAAGGCGUACACGGGUUCCCGACAAACCACACUAUCCACUCAAUUUAUGGUCGAUUAUGAAAAACUGCAUAGGCAAAGAGUUAUCAAAGAUACCUAUGCCUGUGAAUUUUAACGAACCACUGUCCAUGCUACAACGUCUUACCGAGGAUUACGAAUACGCCAACAUCUUAGAUGUGGCUGCCCGUUGUACAGAUGAAUGUGAACAAUUGGCUUACCUUGCGGCGUUUACUGUGUCGGCCUAUGCUACUACAACCAACCGCACUGGCAAACCUUUUAAUCCGCUGCUGGGGGAAACAUACGAAUGUGACCGUAUGGACGAUUUGGGUUGGCGGUGCAUAGCCGAACAAGUGUCACAUCAUCCUCCAAUGGCCGCCAUUCACUGCGAAGGUCGUGAGUGGACUUGUUGGCAAGAAUUCACAAUGACUAGUAAAUUUCGCGGAAAGUAUUUACAGAUUAUACCAUUGGGUAGUGCAUAUUGUCAUUUCCCUAAAACAGAUCAUAAGUAUACAUGGCGUAAGGUUACAACCACGGUUAACAACAUUAUUGUGGGAAAACUUUGGGUGGAUCAGCACGGAGAAAUGGAAAUUACUGGUUUAAAUGCGGCGUCAGGUCUGAAAUGUAUGCUUAAGUAUAUACCAUACUCGUACUUCUCACGCGACACACAGAGGCGGGUAAAGGGAGUGGUUAUGAAUCGUAACAAUGAGGUCAAAUGGGUUAUACGCGGUGCCUGGGAUAGUAAAAUAGAAAUUGCUCCCGCUCUGUCUACAUCCGGGCCACCGGAUAGUCCAGUCUAUCAGACCGGGGCUUAUAAGACGGCAUGGCAAAGAAAUAUACCGCACCAGGACAGUGAGAAAUAUUAUAACUUUACAACGCUGGCAGCCCAACUUAAUGAAAUGGAAGAAGGUGUAGCACCCACAGAUUCACGAUUGAGACCUGAUCAACGACUAAUGGAGGAUGGGGCAUGGGACGAGAGCAAUCGUGAGAAAUUGCGACUUGAAGAAAAACAACGAGCUAAAAGGAAGCAACGUGAAGCCGAGGCCGAAAGUGCGGCCAGCAAAGGCCAACCCUUCCCGCCAUACCAGCCCGUUUGGUUUUCACAAGAACGGGAAGAGGGUACUGACAAUAUUGUCCAUGUUCACAGCGGAAAUUAUUGGGAACACAAGAAAAGACAAGAUUGGUCCAAAUGUCAAGAUAUUUUCUAAACAGCUACAAUAAUCUAAAAAAUCCACAAUAAUAAUCAUAAUAAUAAUAAACAAACAACUAAGUAAGCCUACUAUUGCAAACGAAAAGAAAACCCAUAAAUAAUUUUAAACACACAUUGCAAACGUUAUAGAAAUCAUUAAACAGAUAAUAUAUGUAGUUAAAUUAGGCCUUACAACAAUAAAUAUCGAAAUCAGCUAGACAUCAUCUUUUCCAAGACUAUGGAACCCAAUAUUAAGAAAUAAAAAUGUAUGCUUCAAGAAGAAUGAAACCACGAAAACCAAACAAAACCGUUGUUAUGUAUUAUUUUAUUCUUAUUUGCAAUAAACUUAUUGAUAACAAAUUUAAAUUUGAUGUAUGGAAGCACUUAAAAAAACUAUGAAACAUUAAACUAAAAUGAAUAUUUCCUCUUCCUUCCCUCCCUGCUAUUUUGUAUCGCCGCUACCCGUCGCUAGCAGAGAACAGUAAUUAUAAUGUAACAAAUCAAAUAUUAAAAGUAAUUACUUAUUAAAAAAUACAAACGUAUAAAACAAACACAAUCUACCAGUUUUUAAGUGUAAAACAGCCGCCAUGUUAGGUAUGUGUAAAACACCAAUAAAAAUAAUUAGUAAAUCAAUCAAAUAAUAAACACCACAUGACAAUUUUAAAUAAAUACAACCUAUGUAAUACUAUGUUUCGGGAAGCAGCCGAAAAAUUACACACAGCACGCAAAAAUGUAUACCAAUACCAAUUCAUACUCCAAAUCCCCAAAAUACGUAAAAUUGUCACAUUUCAAUAGGCCGCAUCGGGGCAAUUGAGGUUUCAAUUAAUGUAUGUAUGUAUAUCGCAUGUACAAUAAAUUUGGUUUUUCGCCCAUAUAAAUAGUGCAGACGAUUGCCCAACCUGUCCAAUUGAUGUAGUUGUUAUAAAACGAUACCAAUGUCCUUUUUUAUGUUUUGUAUGUUCAUAUGUCAUAGUCGAAUUGUAACACAAAUGUCCGAGUCGAUUUCAAAUUAAAAUCUCAUUAGUACAUAAAGCAACACCAUGAAAGGGAAAUAUUUUUUGUAAUCGUUUAUUUUGAAAGUUCAAUUUCUGUGUUGGCCUGUUGCAAGAAAAAGAAAGUCGAUGGAAAAAAGUUUGUACAAUUUUUUUGCUCUGGUUUGUUUUUUGAAUAAAAUUUAUGAAACUAUUAAGAAAA